AUGACGCACGAAACAAGCGCAUUGACUCGAGAGUUUGAAGUGGUGGUGGCGGAAGUGUGUUGCAAGACGAACGACGGGACGCAGGACGCAGGCUCUCGACUAGGUAGUACCGGCCGGGAGCACAGAGCUACCUCAGAACAGAAGGUAGCCGAGACUGUAGGUACUAGCGAAGGAGGUAAGUAG